CUACUAACACCUCCAAUACACCCCCACCAUUCCCAAGCAUUAUUCUCCAACUAGCCUCUCAUCCCACUAUAUAAGCUGCACCAUUGCCACCACUCUUGUUGCAUACAAACACAAGCCAAGCCCGGUGAUCUAGCAACCGUAGUAGCACUAGUAGUAGUAGCAGUAACAGUAGUCAUUGCAAUCCACCUUAGUUUUCUUUUUUGUUGAGAAGCCACAGCCCAGUCAAGCAUGAGUUCAUCGUGGACAUUCAAGCAGAACAAGGUGUUCGAGGAUGCGCUGGCCAAGUACGACAAGGACGCGCCAGACAGAUGGCAGAACGUGGCGCGGGAGGUUGGCGACGGCAAGUCGGUGGAGGAUGUGAAGAAGCACUUCGCGGAGCUGGAAAAAGACGUGGACGAGAUUCAUACAAACGGUGCCGGCAGCAGCAGCAACAACACCAAGGGCGGUUCCAGCCGUGGUGGCAGCAGCGAUGGGCAGAGGUAGCCAAGGUACCUAAAGAGCCAGUGAUCGCUGGGCUGGUGCAAGACUCGAGCACAGCUAGCCCGAAACCACUACUAUCUACACUACGUACUAGACACACAUGACCCCAUAGCGAUCGUGAUCCGGUCAUGUAGCUAGCUGAAGUAGCUAUAGCUCUCCAAUGAUGAUGGCACUACGACAAGAAUAAAGUCCGAGACAUAAUCAAUUCCCGCAUCGGAGCUGUAUCUUCCGUAUAUUUUGUACGCAUUGUCUACGUGUAUAUGACCCACACCACGAGCCAUGUCCCCAGCUAUGGGUGUAGCAGUGGUACCGCCGUAGGCAUAGGACGCGACUGGUGCAGUGGUCUGUCUCCCUGUCGAAUCUGUUUCCUGAUAUAUAGCGCCGACUUCUGCCC